UAAAAAGGAAGAGAAGGAGAAGUCCACAAAGAAAGAGUCUCAACAUGUAGACACGGGGGUACCUGCACAUGCACCAGUUCCCGCCUGUCAACCCACACCAGUCUACUGGCCAUCAUCACCUCCUGGCUGGUAUCCUCAUCCAACUCAGUCAUUUUAUCAAGCUCCUCCAGCUUAUCAAGCUUAUCAAGCUCCACCAGCUCAACCAGCACAAGCUCAACCAGCAGCUCCAAUACAACCAGCUCAACCAGCACCUGCACCAGCAACUCAACCAGCUGAACCAACACCUGCACCAGCAACUCAACCAGCUGAACCAACACCUGCACCAGCAACUCAACCAGCUCAACCAGCACCAGCAACUCAACCAGCUGAGCCAGCACUUGCACCAGCAACUGAACCAACACCAGCACCUGGACAUGCACCAGCAACUCAACCAGCUUCAUGGACUCAAGAACCACAGGCUCCCAAAGAAAAGCUGAAGGCUGCCGCCAUAAAGAAGGUUCCAAAGGAAAAGACCAAGGCAGCUGCCCCAAAGAAGGAGCCAGAGCCUCCUAAAGAAAAAGUUAAGAAGCAAGAACCUGUGGUGUCCAAAGAGAAGGUCAAACCAGCUGUUGUAAAGAAAGAAGCUGUUGUCGACAAAGAAAAGACAAAACCUACCACAAUGAAUAAAGAGCCUGUGAAAAAGGACAAAAUAACUCCUACAAAGAAAGAGCCUGCAAUCUCCAAAGAAAAAGUCAAGACAACCACUACCAAGACAACCACAAGCACUUCCAAGAAAGUUGUUUCAGAACCUGAGCCCCUUAAAGAGAAAGCCACUCCAAGAGUCCCCACUAUGAGAAAAGGUAACCACACAAAUGUAGUGGUGCCAAUGGUAAAAGUCACGGCAAGAGUUGUCGCUACAAGACACAUCCCUACACCAAAAGCUCCUGCAGUGAAGGAGGAAAAGCUAUCCAAAGCACCUGAGCCAGCAAAAGAGAAACCAAAAGCAGCAGAGAAAAAAGAGGUUGUUGUUUCCAAAUAUAAAGCUAAAACAACAGCAGCCAAGAAAGAGCCUGUGGAAAAGGACACAAUAACUUCUACAAAGAAAGAGCCUGCAAUCUCCAAAGAAAAAGUCAAGACAACCACUAUCAAGACAACCAAAAGCACUUCCAAGAAAGUUGUUUCAGAACCUGAGCCCCUUAAAGAGAAAGCCACUCCAAGAGUCCCCACUAUGAGAAAAGGUAACCACACAAAUGUAGUGGUGCCAAUGGUAAAAGUCACGGCAAGAGUUGUCGCUACAAGACACAUCCCUACACCAAAAGCUCCUGCAGUGAAGGAGGAAAAGCUAUCCAAAGCACCUGAGCCAGCAAAAGAGAAACCAAAAGCGGCAGAGAAAAAAGAAGACAAGGUAAAGGAUGUGAAGAUAUCAGAUGCCAAAGCUAAAACCACACACUCUGUGAAGACAGCCCAGCCCACUAAAGCACAUAAGGCUGUGAAGGCUGAGAAGGAUGAGAAGGUUGAGAAGGCUGAGAAGGCUGAGAAGGCUGUGAAAGCUGAGAAGGCUGAGAAGGCUGUGAAGGCUGAGAAGGCUGUGAAAGCUGAGAAGGCUGAGAAGGCUGAGAAGGCUGAGAAGGCUGAGAAGGCUGAGAAGGCUGAGAAGGCAGUGAAGGCUGAGAAGGCUGUGAAGGAGGCUAAAGGGAAAGAAAUGAAGCCUCCUGGUAUAGCAAAAGAAUCUCAGACUGAGGAGAAUACCAUGGACAAGAAGAAGCCAGGCCAGAGAGUCUUGCAGUGUGUUUUAAUGGUUGGAAAGAAUGCCCACUACCCUUUGCGACCUUCCACCCCUGGUAUGACCCCUGUGUCGAUGAGCCCAGCCAUGAGAUCCAUGAUGAUGCAGCAGGCGCAGCAGCAGAAAGCCAGCGCGGCGGGGCAGUAGACUAGUUCCUCAUCCCUGUGCUGCUCCCUCUACUCAGUCUGCAAGGCAGCCUUAACCAGCAGGUGGCGUUGCUUGUAUUUACUGCUGGGCCACUAGCUUCUCAUUGACAACGGAGGACAAUCAGUGACUAAAGGUGAAGGAUGGAUGGACAGUAUAGUAUUAUUUAUUUUUCUAUGACCAGUCGAGCUCCCGUGAGUUUUUAAGUCCCUAAACUCUUUUCCUUUAUCUGUGGCUUUGCCACUUUUGCUAGCGCUCAGUGUUGAGUCCUUUGUGAUCUAUGUUUUUCAGCAGAUGUAUUUAUUAGAAACGGAGUGUAAGUUAUGGCAAUAUGAUAUUACCUUAAGUAGCGAAUGGAAUUGAUCAUUUCUGUAAAUUUCAAUCAAAUGCAAUGUACAUAUGCAUAUAAAUUGUAAUUUAGCGAAAGUUCAAUGUAUAUAAUGUACAUGUUGAUAUUACAUCUUGCAGUUUACAUUUGUCGAAUGAUUACUUCACAUUAUAAUUUUUUAAUUUGUUACUUUUAUCACAACAUUCAUCAAGUUCAUGAUUACAAAACGUUUCUGUUAAUUGAUUUUGGGGUCAUACAUUAUCAAUGGCACUGUGAUAAAAAGUUUAGUUUUUAUUUCAUGUUUUGAUUCUAUUGUAUUAAGGAAAUGAAUUGAACAUGCUAUACAAUAACAAAUUAACAAUAUUGCUCACUUUGUCCGAACAUGUCCAUGUCUGUAUGCUUCUGUUGAUGUGACACACCCUUCCAUUAUUGCUGUGACAGGAAAUCCUAAGCUAUAUUUUAAGACUAUUGAACAAGUUGCGCAUCAAAUCCAGAGUACAGAAGAAAUUGCAAAUAAACAAUGACGAUCUUCAGAAUAA